ACAAUUUUCAUCAUCACCAAAACAAACAGUCUGACAAGCAUACGAACAAGUCAAAGACCUCCAAAUAAACAUGUCUCGCUACGCAUCCGCUUUCGCGACACCUAAUGGACCCGGCGAUGCCCGCCCUACCGCCCUUCAAAUCAUCAAAGACGAAGAAGCUGAAGGGACACUCGCCGGCAAAGUCAUUGUCAUUACUGGAACCUCCGCAGGUCUCGGCAUCGAGACAGCAAGAGCACUUCUCCACACUGGUGCCAAACUGAUUCUGACUGCCCGCAACCUUGAGAAGGCCAAGACUGCUCUAGGCGAUAUUCUGGUGCCAGGACGUACCGAGCUUGUCACUAUGGAUAACACAUCUCUCGAUAGCGUGCGUGCUGCUGCUGAGCAAGUGCUCAAAAUUACUGGUGGCCAAGUUAACAUCCUCAUCAACAACGCCGGUAUCAUGGCUUUACCCGAGCUCGAGCACACCAAAGACGGUUUCGAGAUGCAAUUUGGCGUCAAUCACUUGGCCCACUUCCUCUUCUUCGAGCUCUUGAAGCCCGCUCUUCUAGCCAGUGCGACACCUGACUGCUCUUCUCGCGUAGUCAACCUUUCCUCAUCAGCUCAUCGCAUCUGCUCCAUUAAUGAGUCUGGGAAUUACAGCUUCGAAAAGGGUGGUUACAAUGGUUGGGUUGCGUAUGGACAGGCCAAGACAGCCAACAUUUACAUGACCAACGAGAUUGAGCGACGCUACGGAUCUCGUGGUCUGCAUGCAAACAGCGCUCACCCGGGCUUCAUCAUGACUGAGCUGACAAGGCAUUUGGACGACAGCGCAAAGGAUGGUUGGGGUGAUGAGUCCAUCUUGAAGGUCAUGAAGUCUGUUGAGCAGGGUGCUGCUACCACUGUUUGGGCUGCUGUCGGAAAAGAGUGGGAGAAUCAGGGCGGCUUGUACCUUGCUGACUGUGAUGUCGCGCCUCUCGUGGAGGACGGUCGUGGUGCAGAAGGUACUGGCCGCGUUGCUCAUGCCUACGAUCCCGAGAGAGAAGUGCGUCUGUGGAAGGACUCUCUGAAGAUGGUCGGUCUGAAUUCGGAGUAAGCAAUUGAUAGAGUGUGUCGCCGAAGCAAGAAAGAUUGAAUCUCAGUCCGUAGUCGUC